AUGUAUAUUGAUCAACAAACCCCGGUUCGAGGAGGUCGAUGGUCGAUUCGUUUACGUCAAUUAUAUAUUUGGUCAAUAGUUUCUAAUUAUUUUCCAAUAAAAUUAGUCAAAACUGAAGAUCUCGAUCCAAGUCGAAACUACAUCUUCGGUUGUCAUCCACAUGGUACGAUUACUCUCGGUGCUGGGAUCAAUUUCUUAACAGAAGCAACACAUUUUUCAACUCUAUUUCCUGGUAUUCGCCCUCAUUUGAUGGCGCUUCAUUCUAAUUUUUUCUUCCCAGUUUUACGUGAAUUAAUACUUGGUUUAGGUGAAUGUUCUGUCUCAAGAGAGAGUUGUCAAUAUUUCUUAAAUGGAUCAGCUGGUCAAGGUAAUGCUGUUAUUAUUGUUUGUGGUGGCAUGCGGGAGCUGUAUUCGACAGAAUAUGGAAAGAUGACGUUCUAUUUAAAAAAUAGAAAAGGUUUUAUACGAUUAUCAUUAGAAAAUGGUACAUCAUUAGUACCGGUAAUAACAUUUGGAGAAAAUGAACAUUAUCGGCUAUAUAAGAAUUACAUUUCAAAUCGAUUUAUUUGGGGACGAUCAAUCAUUGGUUAUCUACCUCUUCGUCACCCUGUAACAACUGUUGUCGGUAAACCAAUUCAUGUUAAUCAAGUCAUUAGUCCAUCUCAAAUAGAUAUCGAUCAACUCCAUGAUCAAUAUCUUCAAGCAAUUGAAGAGUUGUAUAAUACAAAUAAAGCAAAAUACGGCUUUGAACAUUCUUAA